AGUGGAGCCGCGAGUUCAAUUCCGGGCGCACUAAUGUUCACGACGAGGAGAGAAGUGGCCGACCGAAGGUCUCGGAUGCGAUUGUUCAAGCAGUGGAGGCAGAAAUGCUCAAAAACCGCCGUGCGACAAUUAGGGACUUGGAAGAGAAGCUUGGAGGAGUGUGUAGCAGCGAAACAUCCGUCAUAUUCUUGUGAACAACUUGCAGUAUCACAAAGUUUCUGCCCGAUGGGUGCCGAAACAUCAAGCGUCAAGCGCGAGGCGGACGGAGAGUGGUAUUCUGCCGGCAUAGACAAGUUCAUCGUGCGGAUGCGCAAGGUGUUGGAAAAAAAUGUGCCGAAACGAUCACGGAGGGACAAAGGAGAGCGGGAGAAGAGCACAACACGAAAGGAACAGAGAGCUGCUAUACCAUACGAACACACAACGUUGACGGCAGACAAUUAUUCAAUUACAUGGGCAUCACUUUUGAAUCGAUACGAUAAUUCCCGCAUGCUGAUACGAGAGUAUUACCGCACUUUGCACCACUUCCCGGCUGUGCAAACGGAAUGCGUCGAUGAAUUGGCACAUCUAGUCGAUGAAUUUGGGCGACACGUUAAUGGUUUAGUGAAACUGCACGAGCCUAUCGAACAUUGGGAUACACCGCUUUCGAAUAUGCUACUCAUGAAGCUGGAUCCGUCAACAAUACUGGCCUGGGAGAAGCAUUCUGUGAACCACGAUAAGGAUAAGUACAAGGAAGUUAUCGAAUUUUUACACGAGCGGAUACGCAUCUUGAAGUCUUCCCAAAGGUUCUCUGGUGAAGCACGCCCAGCUGUGAUCAAGGUGGCCGGUAACCAACGUCACCCUGCAACACAUCGGAGAUCGAUAACUAACAACGCUUCCAUGGAACAAACGCCAACCAGUUUUUCAUCCUUUCACCAACCGAAAUGCCCACUAGCGUGUGCCGACAAUCAUUCACUACGCAACUGUCCAGUAUUUCUCAGCUACGAUACACAGCAACGACGGAACCUAGUCGAAUCAAAGGGGCUAUGCUGGAACUGCCUUAGUGGAUCCCAUUUGGCAAAGGUUUGCAGAUCGGAUUAUUCUUGCCGUUCGUACCACGAACGCCACCAUACGCUGCUACAUCAAACAGCACAACCGAAGGUUACUCUGGCCGCUCAUGCAGAGGAUGAAGCGGUAUUCCUCGAAACAGCUGUAGUGCUUGUUGCUGACGAUUAUGGGAAUCAUCACGAGGCAAGAGCGCUUCUCGAUUCGGGCUCGAUGUCCAACUUUAUGUCGGAGAGACUGGCUCGGAAACUUAUAACCACCCGCACCAAGGUGAAUGUUUCAGUUUCUGGCAUCGGGAAAACAGUGCAGCAUGUAAGGGGAUCGAUCACGGCUAUCGUUCGAUCCAAGGCACAUCACUUCAGCACCCAAUUGGAAUUUCUCAUAUUGGACACCCCGUCGGCGGAUAUACCAACCUCACCAAUCUACGUGUCUUCCUGGGACAUGCCUAAUGUGACUCUAGCGGAUCCAACCUAUCACAUUCCCGGCAUGGUUGAUAUCGUCAUUGGAGGUGACGCGUUCUGGGAGCUGCAUACGGGUCACAAGCGUUCAUUACGUCCUGGUGGUCCAUGGCUAGUGGAGACGCAAUUCGGAUGGGCUGUGGCAGGAAAUACGUCACAAUCAUCACACAACCCUCGGAUCUGUCAUGUGGCGAUGACCGACAACUCUUUGGAAGCAAUCAUGACACGCUUUUGGGAAACCGAGAGGAUACUUGAUGAUCCUGCUUUAUCUACGGAAGAGGACAGCUGCGAGAAGCAUUACGACGCGUUACGAGCAUCUACGACAACUCGUAACGCGUCGGGGAGGUAUGUUGUUUGUUUGCCAAUCAAUCCUAAUCCGGGUAUCGUUUUAGGAGCCUCCAGAGAAAUCGCGGAACGCAGAUUCUUGGCACUAGAACGACGUUUAAAUGCCAAUCCGCAGAUGAAAGAAGCAUAUUCCGCGUUUAUAGACGAAUAUGAGAAGUUGGGUCAUAUGAGAAAGUUAUCGGCUCCAGUGAAUGAUUUGUGCCCGCAUUAUUAUCUACCUCACCAUGCAGUUGUAAAGGAGAAGAGUACUAGCACGAAGGUUCGGGUUGUCUUCGACGCGUCGUGCAAAACCACUUCCGGCUUCUCUUUGAAUGACAAGUUGCUUGUUGGUCCUAUCAUUCAACAAGACCUGUUCACGAUUAUGCUGCGAUUUCGAUCACACGCCAUCGCUAUCACCGCAGACGUCGAAAAGAUGUACCGACAAAUCCUCCACGACAACCCAGAUAAAAACUAUCUACGCAUCUUGUACCGGAAGAAUCCAUGUGAACCUAUAGACAUCUUCGAGCUACAGACGGUUACAUAUGGCACUGCAUCAGCUCCGUUCCUGGCAACCAGAACAUUGAAACAGAUUGCAUACGAUCAGCAAGAUUCGCACCCACUGGCAGUGAACUCGGCUGUACACAUCGAGUUGGUGGGAGAUCUCACCACAACUGCGUUCCUCGGAGCACUACGUCGUGUAGUCGCACGUCGUGGAAGGAUUAAGGAGCUACACUCGGACAACGCGACUACGUUUAAAGGUGCAUCACACGAACUCAAUCGGAUCUACAAAAUGCUGAAGUGCAACGAGGACGAUCGUGCACAAAUCUUCAACUGGUGUGCAAACAACGAGAUGUCUUGGAAAUUUAUCCCACCACGUGCACCGCAUUUCGGCGGUCUAUGGGAAGCAGCAGUGAAGGCGGCCAAGAAACACAUCAUCAGAAAACCACUAACUCCUGCUCAUUAUCUCAUUGGUAGAAGUCUGCAAGCUGUGCCAGAGGUAGACUACAGUGAGAUACCUGAUAAUCGUCUGAAGGAAUACCAGAACGUUGCAAAAGAACGUUCGUAA